CCUCCCUCUCCACCCUCUCCGAGUUGGGCAUCUCCGGCGCGGCCCACGCUUGGAUUGCGUCCUACCUGACAGGUCGCUCCUACCAGGUGGCGUGGCGAGAAUCUGUCUCCUCACCACGCGCUCUCACCACUGGUGUCCCCAGGGCUCUGUUCUAGGCCCUCUCUUAUUCUCGCUAUACACCAAGUCACUUGGCUCUGUCAUAACCUCACAUGGUCUCUCCUAUCAUUGCUAUGCAGACGACACACAAUUAAUCUUCUCCUUUCCCCCUUCUGAUGACCAGGUGGCGAAUCGCAUCUCUGCAUGUCUGGCAGACAUAUCAGUGUGGAUGACGGAUCACCACCUCAAGCUGAACCUCAGCAAGACGGAGCUCCUCUUCCUCCCGGGGAAGGACUGCCCGUUCCAUGAUCUCGCCAUCACGGUUGACAACUCCAUUGUGUCCUCCUCCCAGAGCGCUAAGAACCUUGGCGUGAUCCUGGACAACACCCUGUCGUUCUCAACUAACAUCAAGGCGGUGUCCCGUUCCUGUAGGUUCAUGCUCUACAACAUCCGCAGAGUACGACCCUGCCUCACACAGGAAGCGGCGCAGGUCCUAAUCCAGGCACUUGUCAUCUCCCGUCUGGAUUACUGCAACUCGCUGUUGGCUGGGCUCCCUGCCUGUGCCAUUAAACUCCUACAACUCAUCCAGAACGCCGCAGCCCGUCUGGUGUUCAACCUUCCCAAGUUCUCUCACGUCACCCCGCUCCUCCGCUCUCUCCACUGGCUUCCAGUUGAAGCUCGCAUCCGCUACAAGACCAUGGUGCUUGCCUACGGAGCUGUGAGGGGAACGGCACCUCAGUACCUCCAGGCUCUGAUCAGGCCCUACACCCAAACAAGGGCACUGCGUUCAUCCACCUCUGGCCUGCUCGCCUCCCUACCACUAAGGAAGUACAGUUCCCGCUCAGCUCAGUCAAAACUGUUCGCUGCUCUGGCUCCCCAAUGGUGGAACAAACUCCCUCACGACGCCAGGACAGCGGAGUCAAUCACCACCUUCCGGAGACACCUGAAACCCCACCUCUUUAAGGAAUCCCUAGGAUAGGAUAAAGUAAUCCUUC